AUGGUCGCAAACCGAACCAUGAGUAAAAGCAGACGCCUCAUCUUUGCCACCGCCGCUACCACCGCAGCUGCCCUGGCCAUACUCACCAGCUGCUCCUCCGUCUCCGCUCAAAAAGUUACCCCCACUCCCGUCCAGGAUAUGGGUUGGACUAGAGUCGGAAGUGAGCUCUUCAUCCAAGGCGGCGCUGUCACCCUCAACGGCGUCACCCAGCUCUUAUCCCCCCAGACUUUUGCCCUCGACCUCUCGACCUCUUGGUCAGUAUCAGAAGCGCCCUGGCGCGCACUCUCGAACGGUGCCGCGUCUCAGUCUUUGUACGCUAUCAGCUCAAUCAACAACCAAACCGUCCAGAUAUUCAAAUAUGUCGAGCCGUCGAGUUACACCAUCACGGAAUACGAUGUCGUGAGGGAUAUCUGGAACACGCCCGAAGUAUUGACCGAUAACCCAGACGUCUUCGCUCCAGGACUCACGCCCGUCAUGAAUACGCUCUCGAAUCUGGUGUAUAUCGUUGGCAAGACGAGUAUGAAUGAGCUUCGACCGAAAGGUCCGAACUGGUGGAGGACACAAGAGCUGCUGCCGAAUAACACCUUGACCUCCCGGUAUUUUGGGUCGGCGCUAUUUAACCAAGAGAAGAUGAGUAUCAUGUAUGUGGGCGGUUAUAAUUAUGGAGUUAGCCCUACUCAGUUCGAUCCCCAGGUGUUGGUGACAGUGUACAUGCCCGUUAAUGGACCCAGGUGGUCAUUUCAGAAAACUACUGGAUCGCCACCCGCGCCAAUUGUGACACUAGCCUACACAGGUGCGAUCAACAUUCUGAAUAUGAACACAGCCACGGACACAGGCACUUGGACCGCAGGACCCCCGCACACUACCCCUCGAGUCUACGCCGCUUGUGUCCUGAUCGGCGAUCAAUUCGUGGUCUGGGGUGGCAGCGAUGGCAUCAACACCAUAGCUUCUGUCGAACCCAUCGUCUAUGAUCUCAUCCUGAACAAAUGGGUCAACAACUACAGGGCUCCAUCUUACUACUCGUCCAAUCCGACCACAAAUCCAACUCCAACAUCCGGCUCUGGAAGUAAAGGAAACCAGGGUCCUGACUCGUCUCCUGGGUCUGAUAGUUCGUCGUCAUCUGCGGGGGCUGGAACGAUUAUUGGCGGUGUUGUAGGUGGGCUGGUUGUGGUUGGAGUUGUUAUUGGGUUCUUGCUGUACAUUCGUCAACAGAACUCACGACUGAAAGAACUCCAGGAACAAGUCUCACAGGCCAGCCAUCGACUCGAGGAUGGCGGCAAUAUCACCAGCAACAACGACAUCAGCGGCGGUGGCAAAAACACCGGCGCGCCUGUCGUGUACCCUAAACCACCAACUUUUCCAUCCAACAACAACAACAACAACAACAACGCUAUUCCGACACACGACAACUACGGCAAGCUGGAACUCUCUCCAGAUUUGCGGAACCACCCACAGCAGUACCUCCCUGCAGCCACUACUACCAUGUCUUCGCCACAAACGUUUAACGACAACAACAACUACAACAGCCCUCAGACACCCCAACCGACACAAGCCUCCGAUCCUCAGGGCGGCGUGCAAAUGUACCAACCCGAUGCAGCAGACGGUGGCGCUGAUUUCAGGGGACCUCAAGUGUACCUUUCACCAGUUAGCGCGCCUCAGGCGAUCGACAACGAUACGAAUAUGCCCGGUUACUAUCAUGAGCAAGAGUCUGGCACGAGACACCAGAACCAUCCUCAGGAAUACUGA